AUUUAAACCUUUAAACCCUCCAUUUCAACCUUCACUUCUUUGCCAACUCCAGAGCCGGAAAGUUAAUUUUCUGCAUAGCUCCAGUUAACUAAAUAAAUUUACGGUUUCAUUUCAAGAGAGGCUGCUAAUUAAAGAAUCAAGAAUGACUAUUUGUACUAUUUCCCUUCGUUACCAAAUCGCCAGCCCGGUGGAGGGAUGGAAUGUUACCAUUCAUGGAUUGGAUAACGAGCGGAAGGAAAAAUUUCUUAACAAAUUUCCGAAAUUCCAGCAGAAAACAGAGGAUGUCGCUGUAUUUUUGGGACCGGAAGAAGAGCCUACAUUUCGACAUGGCAGCUGGCAAAAUGACGAACCCAUCCUUCACAUUAUUUCCGUCUCCUUCCUCAACACGCUUGCAUUUUUAGGAUUCCAAGUGAAGGACUGCAUUUCCAAGAGGGACAACCAGACCGGAAAAACCACAAUGUGGACACUAGAACUGCAGUAACUUUUUACAGCGAUGAUACAAAAUUUCGACGUUUGCUAGAUUUCGUGUGCUUAGAUCCUUUCUAUAUCAAGUAGGUAUUCAAUUAAAUUUUGGGAAGUGUUUCAAAAUUAAUAUUCUUGAAGUUAACAUUACAAAAUGUUAGUAUAAUUACGUAUUAAUACUUUUCUGGAAAUAAAUCCCACAUUCCUGCAACUAUCUAAAUA